GAAGAGGAGGAGUAGAAGUACUCACACGUUUAGACUUUGUCAACUACAAAUCGUCGCUUGAGUGUUGCAUUGCAGUAAAAGUACACAGUAUUUAUCCACUAUGUCGACGCCUGAGGUUUAUGAUUACAUUGUCAUCGGAGCUGGCGUCCAAGGCUCUUUCACUGCAUAUCAGCUCGUCAAAAAGAAACAGAAAACUCUCCUUCUUGAGCAGUUUACUCUACCCCACACUCGAGGGAGCUCUCAUGGCCAAACCCGUAUUAUCCGUAAGGCUUAUGAUCAAGACUUCUACACACACAUGAUGGAUGAAUGCUAUAAACUUUGGGCUGAGCUGGAGAAGGAGGCUGGUGUCAAACUGUACAGACGGACAGGACUUCUGGUGAUGGGACCAGAGAACAGUCAGAGCUACCUUAGUUACAAGAGCACCUUGGAGAAGAACAAAAUUCCAAUGGUUGUUCUUAGUCCUGACAACUUCAAUCAGCACAUUCCUAAUGUCAUCUUGGCUGAUGGAGAUGGUGCUUUAGUGGAUACCACUGCUGGAGUGUUGUACGCUGAUCGGGCGCUCAAGGCUGUACAGGGUCAGUUUCAGAAGUUGGGCGGUGUCAUUAAAGAUCAAGAGAAGGUCAUAAACAUCAAAACUGGCCAGAUUGUGACUGUGUCAACGGUUGCCGGUGUUUAUCAAGCCAAGGGUCUUGUGAUCACUGCGGGACCUUGGGCUAAUAGAUUACUGGCACACGUUGACCUACAUCUACCACUUGAGGUGGUGAGAAUCAACGUGUGCUAUUGGAAAGAGAAGAUACCUGAUUCAUACAAUGUGAAGAAACGUUUUCCCUGUUUCAUUUUGACUGAAGGAGAGGAAGCCAAAGACCAUAUUUACGGCCUGCCUUCCAACGAAUACCCUGGUCUGAUGAAGAUUUGCUACCAUAACGGCAGUAAGACUGAUCCGGACCAAAGAGACAUGCAGACUGACGCAUCUGACAUUGACAUCCUUCGACGUUACAUCGCCCGCUGUUUUAAGGGGCUGAUCCCUGAGCCUUCCUUGGUCGAGAGCUGCAUGUAUACACUUACUCCUGACCAUCAUUUUGUGCUUGACCGCCACCCUGUACAUGGCAAUAUUGUGAUUGGCGCAGGAUUCUCAGGUCAUGGCUUCAAGUUUGGGCCCGUCGUUGGGAAGCUGCUCUGCGAGCUAAUCCUUGGAGAAGUGCCCUCCUAUGACCUUUCACCUUUCCGAAUUAGCCGCUUCCAGACCAAGCGCCAAUCAUCUUUGUAGAACUCAACAAUACCUUGUGAUUUGAAGUUUCAUUUUCAAUAUUCAUGAUGAUGACAGUUAUUGUUAUCAUUAAUUGUGGAGCACUUUCCAAUUGAAAAGACCAGAUUGACAGUAGUUUAAGCGCUUGCUGCAAUACUGGAAUGAUAGUAGUUUUAAAGAUAUACAGUCAUGUGAAAAAAUUAAGACACCCCAUGAAAUUCUCAGUUCUAUAUUAAGAAAUGUUCACAUAUCAAUGUCUGAUCUUGUUUUUCUUUAUCUCUGGAAAAGAAAGUGAUUUAAUUGGGAGUAAACAACAAAAACUGACAUUGUUUUACUCAAUAAACCAAAUAUAUCAACAGAAAUGCAUAUUCUAACAGGAAAAAGUGAGAACACUGUACCAUCUAACAGGUAGUGUUACUCCCUUUGGCUGAAAUAACUCCAGUGUGGUGCUUUUUGUAGCAAUCUACCAGUCUUUGACAUCAGUCUGAAGAAAGUUUGCCCCACUUCUCAACGCAGAAUACUUUCAGCUGUGAGAUGUUUAAGGAGUUUCUUGGAUGUACAGCCCGUUUCAAGUCACUCCAAAGGAUCUCAAUGGGAUUAAGAGCUGGGCUUUGACUUGGCCAUUCCAGUACUCUCCAUUUCUUCCUUUUCAGUCAGUCCUUGGUGGAUUUACUGGUAUGCUUAGGGUCAUUGUCAUAUUGCAGGGUCCAGUUUCGCUUCAGCUUUAAUUUUUUUCACCAACGAUCUCACAUGUUCCUCAAGCACCCUAUGAUACAUGAUAGAAUUCAUGGUGGAUUCUAGGAUGGUGAACUGGCCAGGUCCUGCUUUAGCAAAGCAUGCCCAAACCAUGACACUUCCACCUCCCUGCUUGACAGUUGGUAUGAGGUUCUUUUCCUAGCCAAACAUGGACACCAGAACGGAGGACAAAUAAUUAAAUUUUAGAUUCAUAUGUCCAACAAACAUUAUUCCAGAAGUCCUGGUCUUUGUCUACAUUCACUCUUGUAAACUUCAGUCUGGCCUUCAUGUUCUUCUUGGAGAGCAAAGGCACACCUCCCAUGAAGGUUAAACUUGUGAAGUCUCUUUCUGAUUGUAGAGGCAUGCACUUUUACAUCAAAAGUAGCAAGAGCCUGCGGUAGGUCCCGUGAUGACAUUUUGGGGUUUUUGGUGACUUCUUUUAGCAUCUUCCGGUUUGCUCUCGGGGUGAACUUGCUGGGACGGCCAGACCCGGGCAUGUUGGCAGUUGUUUUGCAUGUCCUCCACAUUUUCUGGACAGUAGAAUGGCUGAUUUUAUAUUCUAUUGAGAUCUUUUGAAAUCCCUUACCAGACUCCUAAGCGUCUACAAUCUUCUUUAUGGAGGCCUCAGACAGCUCCUUUGAUCUCAUCAUGGUGUUUUCUCUCACUUCAACACUCAGGGGUACACCAAACUAAACUGGAGGUUUAAAUAAGGCAAGUAUCCUUCACAACACUGGAUAAUGAUGUUCUAACAAUAUGCACCUGUUAUGAUACCCCUGUGUGUGAUUUUAGCCAUUUUAAGUGGCAUUGAAUGUGGAGGUGGAGGUUUCCUCAACAGAAAUUGUAUUUAUUUAAAAUGACAUUUUACAGAAAGUUAUAAAAAAAAUAUUUUUUUCAGUUUUGUUUAGUCGUUUAGUUUUAUGACUUGAGUCUCUCAAGAUUGUUAAAAUUGAUAUUAAAUAUCCACAUGACCAAAUAUGUUAGAAAACACUGGCUUCCAUAGGGUGUCCUAGUUUUUUCACAUGACUGUGAUUCUAGUUAUAACAAUAUAUUUUAGCCUUGUAAGCUAUGACAAAAUUACUGAGUAUCACAAAAAUAUUUUUGAUGUGGAAAAACUACGCAAGCCUAUUACCCAGAAUAUUGUUUUGAUCGCUUCUUCAGUCGUUAUGCAGGUCAGGUCCUAAUUUGUCAACCCAACACUAAACAAAAGACUUGUGUAAAACAGUCCAGUAGAGACUGGAACAUGCAUUAGAUGCACUUUUCCAUCCGCCCCAACAAAAAAGUUGAUGUUUUAAAAGACUAAUGUAAGAGAAGGUUGACUACCAAUUAAAUCAUUUGCAUAGUGAAUAGUUUCAUAAUUCAAAAUAUCAGUGAAACCCCCCGCAGUGUAAUAAAAAACAGCCCAAAUGACAACUUCCCGUUCAAGAUAAGAACUCCAUGGAUAUUAUGAACAGCAAAAAAAAAAAAAAACAAGCAUAAACAGUUGAGAGGCACAUUGCAGAGGAAACAUUGCUGUUUCGCCGAUUAGCAUCAUGGGAGAUUUAGUUCUAGAACACAGUAAUUAACGAUGUGUUUAUUAAAUGUCAAAAUGCAUUUUGGUCAAUAGAAAUCACUGUCAAAGUAUAACUUUGGCAAUGUUUUCCAGAGGCGAUUUGAAGUGCAUUUUGGGUAAAAUGUUUCUAUUGAAAUUGGUAUCAAAAGCAGAAGCAAAUCCACCUAUAACAAAGAAUUGAUUCGAAACUAGCCAGAACACACAGCUAUACAAAAAAUAUAUAAAAGCGCAUCUAUAGCAUUUCAAUCCCUUUCAGGGACAGUGGUCAAUAUUCGUAAGUUAAAACUUGAAGACCUUUAACCCUAUAUAGGGCAAGAGACUAUUUUAGUCAUUUGAAAAGACUUAAAAAGUCAUUAUUAUAUUUUCUAAUUAUGAAUAAUUAUAUAUAUAUAAAUAUAUAUAAAAAUAUAUAUAUGGUGGGACAAGACUGAAAAAGCAGUUUCUGCUCUUGCACUCCUCUUACAAAGAAACUGCUGUAUUUUAAGCCAAAACAACCGUUAUGUUUGAUAGAACAAUAUGUCUAUAUGCUGCCAUAGCAGAUUCAUGGCGCAUUAAGCACCCAAACUAGUUUUAAUUUGUCCGUUUUACCCCAGAAACCCCUUUACAGACGUCGCGCAACCGCUUUUAUUUCAACCUAGCCAUAAAACGAAGGUAAUUAAUUAUAUUAUUCAAAAUGUCUGUCAUUUUUAGCUUAGAGUCAUUAAUUGAUGUCUAAUAUUUCUUUAAAAAAAAAAAAAAAAAAAAAUUUAAAAAAUUUAUUCACUUGCAAUUUUUAAACUUUUAAACGAUUUUCGUCACAAUGAAAAAAAUGGUAUCUAUAAAAAAGUCACGGAUAUCUACCACAUAACUAUCGCUUAAUUGUAUUUUUUUUUUGUUACUGUUGCAUUUUCUCCGAAAUGUUAGAUGAUAAAUAAUCGAUCCAAACAAAGAAAAAUUGAAAAAAAAGUUUUAAAGGACAAAUAGAUGAAAAAGAAAAUCUUAACCACUCCUUGAUGUCUGCGAUUUCUGGAUCGCAACCCUUGUUAUAUGUAAACAUGUUUCACCCAUAAAGUCCCCCAAAAAUCCAGGUGUGGCCAUAUACAGCUUUGUCUUGACACAUGCUACAUGGAGUUUUUGGAUCGAAACAAGGUAAGUACGCGAUAAUAUCUCAUUAAAGUCAUGGCGUCUGUAAUUCUGCUGGGUUUUGCUGUUUAAAAAUUAAAAAUGCCCUCCUGUUUAAAAUGUUUCUUUCCCCAGAAAAUUGAGAUUUUAAGCAUCAUACAUGCAUAUUGGACAAUUUUGAAAUUUGGCCAAAUUGUGGGUCUCAGAGUGGAACUUUCAAGUCACUUGAGUGUUUUCCGCCAUAUAUAUAUUUUUAAAGUUAUAAAUAAGUCCAAAUUAAUUGGGAUUGGUCCCUGUAAGUUGAUGCUUUGAAAGGGUUAAAAAAAAAAAAAAAAAAAAAGUAAAUCCUCACUUGUCCAUGAAAGGGUCAUUUUUAGAAUGAUUUUGUUGAAUGGCGUACUGCAUGCAGGCUAUUUUUAGAUCGUGACGUCGCAUCGUAAAGCGUAAGAAAAGCAGAAGUGGGACAUUAUAGACCCACCCUCGCAUAGAAAGAACGUAAUUAGUGCUACUUCUCUCUGGUAAUCUUUCAAAAACGAACAUGCCGAUCACGCGUUGCUUUAUUGAAACUUGUAGAAACGACUCUAGACAUUACGACACAUGAAGGAUGUUUUCUUCAUAAGUUUCCUGAAACCAAAAACUCGGGAGGAAAAUGUGAAGACCGAAUCAACUUGCGCGGACUUUAACACCAGCUUGGCGAAUCCAUUCAUGUUUCAUAUGCAGUAAACAUUAUGUUGAGUUGGCAUGGUCUUUCAGAGGACAAAGAGGUAUUUUUUUAUUUUUAUAUUUUUAACUUAUUUUUUUAGCGUAACGUUGUGCCCUACUGCGUCUGUCUGACAAUGAAUGACGUGAAAAGAAUUACAAUAGUAUCUGACUGCCACUGUUACCGUUUGUUAUAUAUAAAAAGAAAAAAAAAACUUUAGUAAGUGGGAAGUGUAAACAAAUUAUAGGAUUAAGAUGUGUUAUCAAUGAAAAAAUUAAAAGUGUUCGUUGGCUGUCACUGAGUAGCAUUUACGAUCGCUACACAAAGCUAACUAAAUUACCCCCAAGAACGGUUUGAGACGUAGGACAACCAGAGGAUAUAUAAGAAAGACAGGGCUGAUGGUAAAGGAUACCUUGUUGAAACAGGCGAAUGUCAUUGUCAGUCGCGUCGAUAAAAAAGCUAAAGCUAUGCUUAGGUCAGCUCGUGUUUUUCCCGUCUUUUUCAGCCUUCGACACUCAAGCCAUCUCUUUAACUGAACA